UUAAUUUUUCUUAAAAUUCUAGGUGUCCUGUACAUGUGCCUGAAACAUUAUAUUGAUCGCUACAACAUUUACUAUGUAUAUGGUCCAUCCAAAAUUAGCCGCAACAUUCAUGCUACUGCUAUCAAUUUUGUGGUCAUAUCAAUAAUUCUUAUGCAAAUGUGUGUUUUCUUUUUCCUGUAUUUGCGAAAUGGUUGGAUGCAGAUGUCCAUUGUAUCCUUAGCUAUUUGUUUGAUAACUGUCAUGAUUUUCAUUGGUCAAGUUUCUUUCCAGUGGUUUCUGGUUCUGAGUCCUAUUAGUUAUAAGGCAUUUACUGUAAGAAAUAGUACUGACUACGGGGAAAUUCCUAGAUCUGUGGUGGAUUUAUCACAACAGCCUUACCUGCCCUCUGUAUUAAAGCGAUCAGUUUCUAAAGGCGAUAUCUUUACCACCAGUAUUCAAGAAAGAUCAUAUGGAACAAAUGAAGAUAGUAUCCAGUCAACCCCAGAUGGAGGUAGCAUUAAUCUUCCUGGGGUUGAAAGUGAUAAUGUAACUACUGGUUGUGGUGAACAAUAUCAGCGAUUCUAAAAGCAUCUAUUCUACUCUCAGUGUUAAACUUUCCUUGCUAUUUAUUAUUAGCAUUGCAGAAAAAUCUAAAUUUGUUGUUGAGGAAAUCAUGAAUGAAGUUUGAUGUUUGUUAUGGAAAAUUCAAAUUGCAUGUUAUUUUCUCCCAUAUUAAACAUAUAAAAUUUAUGUAAAAAAGAGUCCUGAGAAUAUCAAAAUCUUAUGUGCCUAAAUUCACAAAAUUAUUGAUUUUAUUGUCUGCUUUUGUGCAUUCAUAUUUAUAACUGAUCUUCAAAUUUGAGAGGUGGCUCUAUAUAUUUGUAUUGUAAUGAAUGAUUAUAUUUUUUAUCAUAAAAAUAUAUUCAUUCUUAAUUUUACACCUUUUUUACCCAUUGUUAAGUUCUCAAAAAGUAUUUUUUUAAAUAUUUUAUUUUGCAAUUUAGGAUUUUUUUCCAUAAUAGGGCAACAUGCAGUAAGCAGUUUUCUGUUAAAAUAUACACGGUACUAGUCAUACUUUAUGUAAUUCUUAGUUAGUGUGCAGUUUAUGUGGAGCCAUUAGGAAUAAAGGCAAAAACAUAUUUGAACAGACCUUAAUUGACAUUGCUUAUUGUCCAGUUUUAAAUUAAAUGUUUUUCUUUUCCAUGAGCUUCCAAAGUAAAUAUUGCCAUUAAAAUGUUUUAAUAUAUCAUUCUCCUUUAGUUCUUUAUUGAAAUAAAUUUAAGAGAUGUUCAGGAAAUUUCUUUUGUGUUGAGAAAACUUUUACUGCGAUGCUGUCCUAUAACUGAAAAGAGCCAUAAUUCAUGCAUUUUAAGUUUUGGAUCAACAAGUUCCAUUAAAAAUUUCUUUUCAAAAUUUCUUAUCAGAUUAAUUUGUAUUGAAUGAAUAUUAAAUUUUUAUAAAAAAUUCUGUGAUACCUGUACAGAAUCAAUUUUUUAAGUAUUUUACUAAUGUAGAUAAACAAUCAAGAUUUGGGUGGCUGUAGUCUGCUGGAUAUAAACUUUCGCUGCUUAUUUAUUUUUUAUGUUAUGUGAGUCGUGUUUAUUUACUUUAAAACUAUAAAACUUCUAUGCUAAAUUUAAGCACUUAGAAUUACAUUUAUGUAUGCCAUAUAUUUUGUUUAUGUGAUAUAAGAGAAAAUUUUCAUUGCAUGAGAAUAAUUUUGUGAUCAGACUGUAAAGAUUUAAAAACCUUUAACUGUGAUGUUCAUGAUUUCAGUCAUACUGAAUAAUCUCUGUAAAUAAUGAAGUUUAUCUUUCAAAUUCAUUUAGAUCUUCAGGAAGCAUACUACCUGAUCUCUGUUAUUUAUUUCUAAAGAAUGAAAUCAGUAAAAUUAAUAUUGGUUAUAUUUUUAAAUCGAUAUAAUUUUUAAAUUAAUAUUUUUGCAUACAUGUGUAUUCUGUCAUUUUAUUUGCUAUUCUAGUCAUGAAGAACUAGAAAAUAUUUUGAAUGAUGUAUUCUUUCAGUUAUGACUUAAUCAAAGAUUUAUAACUGCAUGCCUCAGAAAUUUCAUCUGAAAUACCAGUUUUCAUAACUGGUUAUGGUGGCCAAAAUGAAGGUUAUAUUUAUUGAUGUGCAUUCUGAAGCCUCACAUUUAAUGCAAUUUUUUGAUAAAUAUAAAAGUUGAAAGCAUAUCCUUUUGCAGACAAUUUAGUUAAAAAUAAUUAUUUUAGUCUUUAGAAUGAAGUAAAAUCUAGGAAAGCAUGGACUUCUAUAUUUUAUGAUGAUUUAUGAAUUCAAAAAUAAAUCUUACUAAUUUAUGUUAAAUGUGUUUUCAGUCAUUAAAUGUAUUACUUAGUUUUUAGUAAACAUGCUGUGGACAGUAGUUAACAUUUGCAAGAUAAACAAUAGAAUCUGUACAUUUAUCACACCAUGUCUUUAUUAUAUUCUUUUAUAAACUGUUACUAUAAACAUAUGUAUUAAUAAAUGCAUGUGGAAUUAUUUUGUUAUAUUAAUACUUUGAUAGAAACUGUACAUUUAUCACACCAUGUCUUUAUUUUACUCUUUUCCAAAUUAUUAUUAUAAAUGUAUUUAUUAAUAAAUGCAUGUGGAAUUCAUUUGUUUUAUUAAUAUUUUAAUUUUUACUUUAUCUGCAGUUAAAUUUCCUUUCCGAGGCAUUCAUUUUAAGCAUUUGAACUUAUUUGUUAGUACACUGAAUAUUUCAUUAUUCAUUACUGUUAUUAGCUUCAUGUAUAUUAAUUUGUCGCUGUAGAAACUUUCUAAUCAGCCGUUUGUAAUUUUGUGUUAUUUAGCAAAGUUUAUGGAAUUAUGUUAGUGCUAUUGAAAGAAAAGUGAACCGGAUUCUUAGAUGUAGGUUUUAUAUCAAAUUUAAGGAAAACAUAUGCAAAUUAUCAAGAGAGUAAUUUUAGCCGAGAUUCUAUCUUUCAUUUCUAUACAUUGCAGCAUUUUGCUCAUUUUCCCACUCAUGACCAAUUAUUUUGAUGCCAAAUACCUCUUCUUUCCAUCCCCCCCCUUCAAUCGAAAUUUCAUUAAAUAAUUUUUCUGUUAUCUGUUUCAUUGAUUUGGUAAUUGUCUAAUAUUUCCUUAGUGUAACCAAUGUUUGUAUCAUAAACAUUUUGAAAUACUUAAAAAAUAUCAAUUCAGGCAUUUGUGUAAUAUUUAGUGAUAGUAAUUUCCAUUUAUAGUUUUAUGAUAAAAUAAAGUAAAUGUUGUAAGUUUUAUGUUCUGAGUUAAGUUGAAUUUUUGCUGUGAAUUUUAACUUAUGAUCAGAAUUCUUGUGAAUUCAUUCAGCUUUUUGUUUACUAGAUUUGAAAAAGGCUAUAAAGUAUAAACUGAUUUCUCCUUUAUGGUACAUUACCUUUUGUCACUUUCCCAAUUUUGUAUUAAAAGUAUAUUUUUCGUGAUUCAUAAUCAUGUUGGAAGAGGUUAUUACUAGGUAUUAGAGAGGGUUUCCAGAAAAUCUUUCCUGUCCCCUUGCAUUAUACUGGUAAAUCUUAAAUCCACCGCUGGUUUAUAAGCAUUAGAUGUGGUAAAGGGAAUACAAUAGAAAUUCAAAUUUUAUAGACUGACAUUAACUUGUGAUCUAUAUUUAUUGAAAUUAUUUUAGCAUUUUUGUAGCAGUAUUAUCUUUAAUACCUAUUGUAUAUAUUAAAUGUUGAUUUGAGAAUCACUUAUUUCCCUCAGGAAUUAUUAUUAUGAAAGUCCAUGAAUUUUGGUAUAUAAAAGCAAAGUAAACAGAAAGCAACUGUCUUUCUUGAAAUGUCAAUGUUUAGUGUUAGGAAGGUAAUAUUUUAAUGCAUAUGGGUGAUUCUGAUACAUCUAACAUUUAUUGUUAUUUACCUAUUUUAAAAUAUUCACUUUAAAGAAAAUGAUAUGAAGUAUUUAGAAAUAAGUAAUUCUAAGAUAAAUUUUAUAUAUAACUUAGUCUGCAUUUUUAUUUAAGUUUUAUUAGUAGUUCUUCGAGAUUCGUUUGUUUAUUCCUUCCUCUUAUUGAUAGACUGAAGGUUUCUUUGUAAUUACGUAUGAAUUUUUAUUUAGGAUUUUAUGUAUUAUUUCAUUAUAUUUAUCUCAUUUUAUGCAUUCUGAAAAGUUUAUUUCAUUUACAUAUUAUUAUUUUGUGUGUGUGUUUCUGGCCCUGCAUUGAUGAUACAUUCCAGAUCUAUUAGAGACAAAAUACAUUACAUUAUUUGAAUAGAUGUAUUUAUUUGAAUAACCAUAUAAAAUAAUUAUCUUUAUGUUAAAUACCUCUAAGACUAGUUUUUUCAGUUAUUGCUUUUAUUCUCUAGUAAGAGUCAAAUUGUGUUAAUAGCAUUAUAAACCAUAAAUAUAAUCAAAAUGUUUUAUGUACAUUUUAUUUCAUUUAUGUUUAUUGAAAUCCUAUGCCAAGAUAAGUAACUUAUGGUCUGUUGAACAGCUAAAAUAUUUUUAAUGAAACUUAGUUUCAUAAAUAUGUGACUUACUGCUUGCAUGGGCAGCGUGAUCAAGGUUGUAAAUAAGAUAACAGUUACCAAGUAGUGUGAUCUGUAGCUAUUUAAUAUCCUGUUUCUGCAACUGUUUGAAGUUUUGAUAACCUUUUAAAAUGCUUGAGUAUCACAAAAUAAUAAUGUGCUUUUCAAGUAUUUCAGAAACCUAGGUUAUCAUUGAAACUCAUCUACAAUUGCAUUGUUUUUAAUGUAAAUAAUUACUGUAUGAUGAUUUUAUUAAAAUUCUGUGUUCAGAAGUUAUUUAUUGAUAGGCUGAUCGUUAUUGCAACAACUGAUCUUGAAUGGCAUUAUUAACAAUUAAAAACGUUUACUUUAGCAUCAUCUUGUUGAAAAUGUGACCAUAUUUUGUAAGAUGUAGUAUAUUUAUUUGAACUAUCAAUGAACUGAAGUUACCCGGUUUUAUCUUGAAUUAAAGAUAUCCAGUUUUUACCAUGC